AUGUCACAGAAAGAAAGAGAGGCACGAGGGAAGGCUAUCAUUGAAGAAGAAAUUUCGAAAGAAAAACACCACAACAUGAAGCCACAACUCGUUACACUAAUCAAGAACAAUUGCUCCUAUGGUGGAAGUCCAUUGGAGGAUCCUAAACAGCAUAUAUCCACUUUUCUGAGAACUUGUGGUGUUGUCAAUCUCGAAGGUGUAAAUCAUGACACCUGGAAGCUCUCGUUAUUUCCCUUUUCACUAAGGGAUGAAGCUGCACAAUGGCUGGAAACUAUGCCCCAGGGCAGUAUUACUAGUUGGGACGAAUUGGUUACCAAAUUUCUGACCAAAUUCUCCUCAUCCCAACAAAACGUCAAGAUGAAAGAGGGGGUUCAGCCAUUCAUACAAGGAGAGGAAGAAUCAUUGUUCAAACCAUGGGAAAAAUACAAGAAAGCAAAUGACAAAGAGGGUUUCCGAGCGUUCUAUGUAGGAUUAACCCCAGAAACAAGGAGAGCAGUGGAUUACGUCUUAGAUAACCUCUUCAAAGCAACAGCAGCUGGCCAAGGAACUACAGAGCUCAAGAACAAGAGAGCCAACAACCAACACUCACCUGAGACUCCACAGAAUGCAACUUCAGAUGAGGAGAUAAAGAAUCUUGAAGGAAUGAAGGCAAUCAUGAAUCAAAGCAAACAUCUACAUCAGCAAACUCAGCAACAAUUGGGGUCAAUAGCUAGACAAAUUGACUUUCUCCAUUCUACCAUAGUGAAGGCACAAUUUUCACCAUGGAAGCCACAUUCUUAUCUAGGAAUAAAGGAAUCUCACUGUCAGGAACAAGGGGACUUCAAUUACAACAAUCCCAAUUGCCCAAACCUGCAAACCAUUCACCAUACCAACAACAAUCAAUACAUACCCCCACACUACACACCCUUCCAACCCCUAACACCCCACGACCAACCAAUUUCACAAGAUUCUCAGAGGAUCACUAAUCUGGAAAUCUUAGUAGAAAGAAUGAUGAAACAUCAAGAGAUGAUAAGCAAAAACCAUGAGGCCUCAUUCGGAAGAAUUGAGAGGCAAAUGAAACAGUUAGCUAAGAGCAUCACAGAAGUGAGUGAGAAGAUGGCUAAAGGAAAAGAAUCACUCAUCCAGGAUGAACAUCAUCAGGCAAAGUUUCACUUAGGAGGACAAGGGGACAAGGAGAAGGAAGCACAGAAUCCGAGCUAA